AAACUGCCCUACCCUUCAGUUCACCCCCUACCCAUCCCCCACCCUCAGCAUAAAAAACUCAAAAAACUCCUCAUCGCAUUGCUCUCUCCGCUCUCUUCUCCAAAACACACACAUACACACAAAACUGUUUUUCACUUCUCACCCGCAUACUUCCAUAUAUAGGAAUAAUAACAAUAAUUUUGUCCAUCUUUUGUAGAUAUAAUUAGAUAGAUAGAGGUAGAACUGCUAAACAACCUACCCCAGAAGGGAAAAUUCAUUUUCCUAUUUCAAUUCCAACUAAAGAAUCAUCACUGACAAAGAGAAAUUGAAUCUUUGUGGCUUUCCUGAGGAGAAAAGAGAAAAAGAUUGGAUUUUUAUCAAUUUUCCAGGUUCUUGGUUUGUGGUUUUUUUGGUAGUGUGAUAUGUAUUUCUGUAUGUGUAUGUAAUGCAUCAGAAGAAAUCUGAAGUUCAGAUCGGAAAAGAAAGCAGUUGCAUCUCUUCCGAUUUCAAUCCCACACCACCCCUUCUUUCUCCUUCUUCUUCUCUUCAUCACAAACCUCCCCACCCCCAUAUUUACCCCCCUCCUACUCCUCCUCAAGCUUUGAUUUUUUCUUCUUCUUCCUCUCCUUCUGUGCCUCCUCCCCUUCAAAUCUUGAUUGACAAUGGAAAUGACCCAAUUGUCCCUAGCCCCACCUCUACCACCACCAAGACCACCCCUCACAAGAGACCCCUUUUGGGUGUUUCCACAAACAACCACCACAACCCUUCUUCUUCCUCAAGCUCUUCUAUUCUAAAGUCUCCAACUUUAUCUGAUUCUCUUCACAAAUACCCUUUUUCUUCUGCUCCCAAGGGUCAAUACCCAUCAAGAAUUUUGAACCAUUUCCAUGUUUACCACCGGCUCCGCCACCUCCGCCGUGUCCUUCGCCUCCAUCUCCGGUUAAUACUCCUCCUCUCCCUUCCUUUCUUCUAUUUCUUGGUUUCUCAUCCAACUAACUCUUUCUUUUUGGAUUUUCUAUCUGCUUUUGCUUUCUCUGCUGCUUUACUGUUUUCACUCAAUUUAGCACUGCCUAGGCUUCCUUCAAUCAGGUUGUUCUUGGCUAGGUCCUUGCCAAUUAAGCUUACUUCAACUAACCAAGUAUCUAGGCAGCAAUUACCAGUGUUUUGGUCAAUUGGGUCGCGGCCUAAGAUCGAUAAAAGGGUAAAUUCAGGUUGUUGGGUGCAGGCUUACAGUAAUGGAGAUGUGUAUGAGGGUGAGUUCCAUAAGGGGAAAUGUAGUGGCAGUGGAGUUUAUUACUAUUACAUGAGUGGGAGGUAUGAAGGUGAUUGGGUUGAUGGGAAGUAUGACGGCUAUGGGGUGGAGACGUGGGCGAGGGGAAGUCGAUAUAGGGGUCAGUAUAGGCAGGGCCUUAGGCAUGGUUUUGGAGUAUAUAGGUUUUACACAGGCGACGUGUAUGCUGGGGAGUGGUCCAACGGUCAAAGUCAUGGUUGUGGAGUUCAUACAUGUGAGGAUGGUAGCCGGUAUGUAGGUGAAUUCAAGUGGGGAGUCAAGCAUGGCCUUGGCCACUACCACUUCAGGAAUGGAGAUACAUAUGCUGGAGAAUAUUUUGCAGAUAAGAUGCAUGGUUUUGGAGUAUAUUGUUUUGCAAAUGGGCAUCGCUACGAAGGAGCGUGGCAUGAGGGAAAGAGACAAGGGCUUGGGAUGUAUACUUUUAGAAAUGGAGAAACCCAAUGUGGUCAUUGGCAAAAUGGGGUUCUUGACAUUCCAAGCACGCAGAAUGCCUCCUAUCCUGUAUCCCCUGUUGCUGUUUACCACUCCAAAGUGCUAAAUGGUGUACAGGAGGCUCGUCGAGCAGCAGAGCGGGCAUAUGAUGUGGCCAAGGUUGAUGAAAGAGUGGGCAGAGCAGUUGCAGCUGCCAACAGGGCAGCCAAUGCAGCUAGAGUGGCAGCAGUAAAAGCCAUGCAAAAGCAAAUGCAUCGUCGGAGUAACAGUGAUGACCUUCCAAUCCCCGUGGCGUAAGACCUCCAAAUGAUGGAGUGUUUUUUCAGUUUAACCUCAUAGAAAUUUUGCAUCCUUUUACGGAGGACUGCAAUGGAAUAAUCUUACCUUAACCACCUUGUGUCCAUGCGUGCUACCUCGUGUUACGUUUUCAUUCCCUGAAUUGGAGCAGGGCUGUUCUCUUUGCCAGGAUUUUCGCGUUGUGAGUGUCUAAAAGUUAAGCCACUUUUCAAGCUCCCUGUAUUUCUGUGGUUGAAACCUUGCUAAGAGAGCCAACCUGUUUCUUCUGUUUUGUAAAGAUUAGCUAGUUUUGUAACAUUUCGAGUGCUGGUGCCCAGAGAGAAUUUCAACCCAGCCAGCCGGCCUUUUAUGUGUAUUAACGACUCUUGAGAAUUAGUGGAAAUAUUAUAAAAAGAAAAAUCUACGUAAGAAAAAUAAUUCAUCGCUUUUUUUUUGUUUUUUGUGUGUGUGUGGUGUGUUUGGUACUAUGGAAGUCGAUAAUUAUUUCAAGAUCAGCCAGUUAUUUGGAAGUCUUGGAGUUUUCAGCAAGAGUGGUUUUGGAAAGUCAGGGAUAAGACCAUGUAAAAGAGGUUGACUUAUGAGGUUGGGAAAUCUUUUGUACAUUUGAAGAGGUCUUAUGAAGAAGUUGCAACUUGGGAGGAAUAAUUGACCAACAGCUUUUUUCUUGAAA